UUUCACAUGUGCGAUAUACAUGUAACAUUUCUCAGUCUUGAGUCCAAGCCAUAUCCUUGUCAACCCAAAUUUCCACCAUAGCUAAUGUUCCAGCACUAAGGUCCAAACACUUUUUCUGCAUAGUUAGGAUUUGUUUUAUUCAUAGUCCUUAAACAAACACGAGAUCUCUUUGUGACUUUUUCCUUCCUUAUCACUGACAAAAAAGCAAAAGUGUACCCAGAGAGCACAAUUUCUAAUAACGUGCUAUAUUGUGCACUGUGUUGUCAAUGUCUAACAUAAACCACACAAGGGAAGUAAGCAGGGGUAAUUACUUCUUAAAUUCACUCUCAUAUUUGCCAGAUAGAGUCACUGUAACUGUAAUGAAAUAUGAGGACAUGAAAAAGGGAACGCAUUUUAUACAUGAAGAGGAAGUGAAGCGCAUCUCGAUAAAGAUGCGUAUCUCCUGUAAGAAGUUUCUGCUUGUGAUCAGUGGUUUCACGCUAGUAGCGUUGUUGCAAUCUUGGAGGGCAGGAGGAGGCUUAGGAGUUGACCUAUGGACAGGAAGGACCAGUGAAAUGGAGGCGGUCAUCAUAGAGAACCUUCAAGACAUCUUUAAUGACUAUAAUGACAUUUCCUAUCACAUAAAGAAGGAUGUAGCAUGCCGCUUGGCAACAAAUACGUGCGUCUGCGUGGCUGAUAAGGAGACUUUUCGCCUGCCUUUCUCCAAGCUGCUUUUCCCACGCGUCCGGGCCUUACACCUGGACAUGAGAUAUUUACAAUCCCAUCCCGAUCCUGAGGGUGUGAAGCGUCACAGAGCUCAGGAAUACAGGAGUGUUCAGAUGAGGUCCUCAAGCUCUGCAGAUGUGCUGAUCGUAAAUGAGGCAAACAGUCCUCUUCAGUUUCCCUCCCAAGGUGUGGCAGUGCGACCCCUCAAGACAAUCAUCAUACCAGGUUUGGGUCUUAUUGAAGAAGCAAGAUCGAACCAUACAGUAUAUUUGACCUCCACACUGGGGACUUUUGAUGUCGCUGCGACUGUGGAUAAUGUCUCGCUUAAAGGAGAGGGAGAGAUGCACAUGAUCCUCUCAAGUACUUCCCUCUCCGCGUUGAACAGGCAACUACAGUUUCUCACCUAUACAAACACGGUGUUCCAUCCCAGGACAGUCGACACAGUUCAGUUUGCAACUGAGAGCCACCGCUCGUUUUUCACCAUAAAAAUUGGACAUUCAACCGUCCCAAAGCUUUACAACUCUGGCUAUUCAAGAGAGAACAAUAUUAGCACUUUAGUCACCAUUGUGACGAAGACAUUUCUCCGUUAUGAUAAACUCAAAGACCUCAUCCACAGCAUACGACGGUAUUAUCCAAACGUCACUAUAGUGAUAGCAGACGAUAAUGAGCACCCUCAGCCAGUCACUGGACCUCACAUUGAACAAUUCAUUAUGCCCUUUGGAAAGGGUUGGUUUGCGGGGCGAAAUCUGGCAGUGUCUCAGGUGACCACCAAAUAUGUGCUUUGGGUGGAUGAUGAUUUCCUCUUCAGUGCAGACACCAAGUUGGAGAAGAUGGUGGACAUUCUUGAAAGGACCAAUCUGGAUCUGGUCGGGGGUGCGGUCCGAGAGGUAACAGGCUGGACUUCGACCUUCCGUCACACUAUUUCAGUGGAAAUGGGGGGAGAAGAUGGUGACUGCAUACAUAUCAGACGCGGCUAUCAUCACGCCAUAGAGGGAUAUCCUAAUUGUGUGGUCGCUGAUGCCGUCAUCAACUUCUUCAUGGGGAGAACAGACAAAGUGCAGCAGGUUGGCUUUAACCCCCGCCUGGCUCGACGCGGCCAUCUGGAGUUCUUCAUAGACGGGCUUGGCUCCCUCCACGUUGGCUCCUGCGGUGAUGUCAUUAUCAACCACUCGUCAAAGAUCAAACUGCCAUGGAGUGGUACAAAAUCCGAUGAGGCCUAUAAAAAGUUUCGAUACUCCAAAAGCAAUGAUGAAAAUCACAUUCAUGAUGAAGUCUUCUAUUUCACAAACAGGUUCAAAUGCAUGACCAGGCAUGAAUGAAGUUUGUUCCUCUUUUGGAUGCCAAUAGCACUGUGAUUAUGUUCGAAAAGUGAAUGUUGUAUUUAUAAUUUGCCAAAAUAUGUUCACUUGUAUAACGAGAAGUUUCUAACAGACGUCAAGCGCUAUCGGUAAAAUUUAGCCUCGUUUUCCAAAGUCUCAAAAGGCUUAUUAGUGUGGUUCGGUCUGUGGUCUACUGGCAUCGGCUCCACAUGAUAAACCGGCCUAUGGCGCCCUCUUGUGGUUAAUAUUUGAGGCUCGCCCAUCCAUUCAUCCUUCCAUUUACCCAUGUUCUGAACUGCGUAUCCUCACUAGUGUCGCGAGGGUCCGGGACCCUAACCCAGACAGUAUUUCACAAAGAUGGGAUCCUCCAAAUCUGAACUAUAUACGUUCGCUUCCAACUUUAUUUUCUCUCAUAUUUGUAGAAAUGUGUCUCACAUCAAAGUAGCAACAUUCUAAACUGCCAUACAAAUAAAUGAAAAGCUGUAGGACUCUUAGGUGACCACAUAAAUCUAAAAUAAAAUGAUUAACAUCAAAGGGACGGCUUACUUGGCAGUGCACAUUUCAUCUUUUUUUAUUGCAACUUUUUUAUCUCAACUUGCUGAUAAUAUGAAACUUUCCAAUUUGCAUGUAUACGGUAAAUAAAACACCGUGAAUACAUUGUGGAAAAGUCCCCAAGUGCAACCACUGAUGCAAUGGCAUUAAAAGUUUUGCCAUGCAUACGUAAAAGAUAAAACAUUGUUUUGUCAAUUUGUUUUGCCCGAGUUAUUCUACUAAAUGAGAUGCGUGUGUUGGUUGCUUUUAGUGCAGUAAGUUAAAAUGUCCAACUUUAUGGUCAUCAACAUAUUAUAAAAUACUGGUAAACAUCUGUUGUUGCAUCACAAAAGGAAAAACCAACAACAGCAAGAAAGACUUGUGGGUUUUAUAAUACAAAUGCUUGCAACUUGGAAAUGUUUCUUUUUUUUGACAGAUUUUAGAAGCGAUGGAAUUUGGAGGUUCCAGUGUAAUCUGUUAACUGUGAAAUAUACUGAUCUGCCAUAUGAAAUAUUAUUAGGCUCUGUAUCCAACCCAUAAUAGAGAGUACUGUUGACUUUGUCAGCUCAUAGAAAAAGUUGUUUUUCUGUUAUGAUGCGAGAAUGUGCUCUUCUGAGCAAAGACCUGCCUCCUGCCCAAUAACAGCUGGGUUUGCCUCCGUCUCAGAAAAUGAAUGGAUGGAUUUAUAAUUUACAAGUAUGACUAUCAGCAUGAGUGUAGAGGUAAAUGUUGAUAUUGCCACGCCCCCGCGAGUCUUACGUUCUGCCAUUUCCAUCUUGGCAAUUGUUCCAGGAAGUUUUACUUUCUUGCUUCAAGGCACUCCAACAGCAUUUUACAAAGACACUUUGGGGUAAUUGACUACAGAGAAAACCACUCAUUGACACCCCAAUGAUGGGGUUAUUCACUGCCAUUCUUUCUAUUACAAUUAGGUUUAAGCAUUUUUCCUUUGCUAUUUUCACAGGCCUCGCCUCACACUAUUCAGUCCCAUGUUUCCUCACUUUAUGUAUUUCAAUAAAAUUAAAGGAACUACAAAAUGAGACCGUCAAGAUCAUCCCGAGGAAACUAAAAGUGCAUUGAAAUGAGUUGGCUCGUGGCUGUUAUCCAUAUAGUGUAGUUAAUAUUAUUUGAGUGAUGAGUCAGCCAAGUGAAUACAUUGUACUGUACUACAAUGCCUGACUGCACUGUAAACAGUGUGUGCCUAUUUCUUAUUUGUGUUGGUUGCAUCAACCGUGUGUCAAAUACAAUGGAAACUGCCUGACAUAUUUUGCUAGUAUUUUGACCGAGAUUAAUAAGCAUUCUUUUGCCAAUUUACAAAUGUUUUUUUUUUUUUUUUUUUUUUUUUUUAUGUAUGGUAACGUGAUGUAUUAAAUUCAGUGACAGACACUGCACUGUCCCUUUAGUGAGAAAAGUAACCCUCUUGAUCUUUCAACAGGAUACCACAUAGAUAAAGUACAUCUGCAAUUCUUUCAGUUUUUCAAAUAAUCUGUUGUCAUGGUGGUGUGUUGGACUAAAUUGAUUUGAUGGAUGAUAUCUAGCAUUUUUUUUUCAUCUAUGGCUAUUCUUUUAUGUCAUUAAGCAUACCCACGUUAAGUCAACGGAAAUAAAGUAUUAAUGCAGAAAACAGUAAUGCAGAGCAAACAAAUAAGCAUGCUUCCACGUGUCUGUGAUGGUGUUUUGCUUAAAAUAUAGGCCACUGUGCACGUUAUUAGGCCUGCCUGUAGAAUUUGGCUUGUAAAUAGUUGGCCAGAACCUUCUGUACCAUCCUCUAAUAGGAGUGGUCUACUUUUUCCCAAUUAGAGAAACCCUCCUUGAGCUUAAAAGGGAAAAUCCACAGGGUACUGUGUCUAGAGAGCUCUUUGAAAUAUGGAUUUGGAAAAAAAAAUAAUAACUUGGCUAUCUAACAUCAAGCGAGAACAUAAUUAGAAUUUUGUCUCUUCUGUCCUUAUUUUUUUUUUUGCUUUUUUUUUUUAAUUAUUAGGUCAAGGUUAGAGGUAUGCGAGGACACGUCUCCUUUUACCACAAGAGAGCAGCAGAGAGCAUGUGAGGUCAUGUUUUGCCAGCUCGAUUUUCCCAAAUAAAUUCCCAUGAUUAAAAUGUUUCCUUCGGUGCGAUCAGAGCAAAGCUUAUUCCUCUUUGUU